GGUAUGAUGAACUAUCAAUAUGACGUCUCUGUCAUAAUUCCAGCCAAAAAUGUAGAAAAGUUCUUGCGGGAAACACUCAACGGUCUACUCGACCAGACAGCUUGUGAAAAUUCAAAAAUUGAGAUUUGUUUGGCUGACGACGGGAGUGUAGAUGACACUGUUAGAAUUCUGGAAAAUGCGCGGCUCGAGUUCGAAGAGAUGGGAAUGAAUGUCGUUGUUACACACGUUCCUCAACCCGGUGGAGUUGGUGCCGCUAAGGAUUGUGCUGUAAGAUCUUCGAAAGGAAGAUAUCUCUGUUUCAAUGAUGCAGAUGAUGUCAGCUCUCCGAACAGAAUCAAAAGCCAAUUGGAGUUGGCAACGAAGUUAUCGAAGUCUGGAGAUGAUUUAAUUUUUGUAGGUGGACAGUUUCAUAGACUACCAGAAGGCUCCACAACAAGAUACACAAAAUGGGCGAACUCGAUGAUCGGAGACAAAAUCAGAAGUCAAGUCUACACAUCUCAUGGUCCCACGCUCGUUGCUCCUACUUGGUUCAUUAGUAGAGCACUUUUCGAUAAGGUUGGCGGUUUUCGAACAGAUGUUUCGUGUGGUUUUCCUGAAGACUUAGAAUUUUUCUACAAGUGCUUGGAUUUCCCGGAGUGUAUUUUUGAUAAAGUCGAUGAUGACAUUGUCAUGUACCGAUACCAUAAAAACUGUGCAUCACACAGCGUUCAAGAACAAACAAUUUGGAAUUUCCGUUUAUCGAGAUUAAAAGAGAAAUACAUCGCAAAAUGGGACAAAUUCACAAUCUGGAGUGCUGGGAAGCAAGGAAAACGUCUUUUCAAAAGUCUCACAGAUGACGAGAAGAUCAAAGUCAGAGAAUUUUGCGAUAUUGAUGAGUCAAAAAUCGGGAGAGGUGUUCAUGAAGAGUUUGAUGAAGUGUCACGCAGUGUGACUCACAAAGUUCCAAUUGUUAACCUUGAAAAUGCCAGGCCUCCGCUCGUCGUUUGUGUCAAAUUGGACUUGACAAAUGGUGAUUUGGAGCGUAUAAUUGAACGAAAAGGCUGGAAAGAGCACGUCGACUUGGUUUACUUUGGUUGACAGACUGCUAUCCGAUACUUGAUAUAAUAAACAAUUUAUCCGUUU